AUGGGAAGUCUACCAACAACCAAAGCGCCAACUCCGGUGUUUCUCUUCGCCCAUGGCUCGACCAUGAUGCUGGGCGAAGAGUCAGAACCAGCCAAAAUUUGGGAAGGGGUGGGUAAUGAGUGUCUGCGCCGUGGUAUCAAGAGAAUUGUCAUGAUGGGCGCUCACUGGGAUGCCCCCUACGACACAGUCGAAGUCAGCAUGAACCCCAACGCACAAAAAGACCCCGUCGGCAGCGUCACAGAAGCACGAUACAUGCCGUACAAGAUGGUGCCAGACCUCGAAGGCGGCCAACGGGUCAUCGAUAUGCUCCAAGCAGCUGGCAUCAACGCUAGAGCCAACCGCAAAUUCGACUGGAUCCACGACACGUUUCUCAUCGUUAUCCGCAUGUUCCCAAACUGCGUUCCGCUACCCACAACAAUUGUCUCCAUGAACGCGCGAUACGACCCCCAUAUGCAUCUAAAAAUUGGAGCUGCGCUACGGCCCUUGCGGUUUGAAGAUACCCUGAUCAUAGGCAGCGGAGGUUCGGUGCAUAAUCUAUACCGCAACCACUGGCAGUGGAUGAUUCGCUUCAAGGAUAACUUUGCUCAACCUGUUCCCCCAGGUGACUUUGCAUUGGAGUUCCGGCAAGCUGUUGAGGAUGCUGUCACGCAGAACACUGGCCCCGCGUUGCGACGAGCCGUCACCCGGCUGAUGAAGCACCCGCGGUACAAGGAGGCCCAUGGAACUGAUGACCAUUUCAUGGCCACCAUGUUUGCUGCCGGCGCUGCGGGAACUGAGGACGACGUUGGUCCGAAUACGUUUAUGGGAGAGUGUUGGGAGUUGGUCAACAUGUGCAAUAGCCAGUAUCAGCUCGGGUCAUGGGAUUAG